GCAUUUAAAAGUUAUAGUUGCAAAGUGGAUUAUACAUCAAAAUGACUCCAAAUAUUUCUAACAAAAGUAUUUAUAUUAUUUUUAUAAUGAGCAUUAAUAUUGUAUCUGUGGUGUGUGUAUACAAACCAAUUUUAAAAGAAACAGAAAAAGUCCCAAUUUUUCUUUUAUAUUCAAACUAUGUAGAUGAUAAAAACAUGCCAGUUCCUUAUUAUUAUGAAGAACCACUGGAUGUAAGGAAAAAUAAAAUAAGAAAAUAUUGUAAUGAUGGUAAUUAUGUGACGUUCACAAAAUUUAAGAAAAUGUAUGAGACCUUUUCGCUUGGAAGUCUUAUAGUGAAAUUUAAAUUUUGUCUACAAUCUGAAACUAAUCCUUUUGAAAAGAUAAAAUAUUGCUGUAAAAAUAAAACGAAAAAUAAUGAUGACCAAUUUAUUUCUUGUUUGGAUCAAUCCCUUGAACCAACUCAGAAAACUGAAAUGGACAACUGCUUUGAGAAAUUUAUGCAAAAAUAUAGAGAUAUAUUUGGAGAAGAUCAAAUAGACUUCCACUAUACAUUUAGCAUCCCACAAGAAAUUGGGAAAGAUACUUUUAAAUUAUUCAAUACUGUUACUAAUCUCGCUGAAUAUAAUAAUACAAUCAAAGGUGUCAGUAUUGAAAUAUUUCCUGUGUUUUAUAAAGCAAUCAAAAAUGAAGAUGUAUCUAAUAUUUUUAAAUUAUCUAGUGAUGACGUGCAAGAAUGCAAUUCAUUUUAUAAGUAUGCUGAAGUUGAAGAAAACAUAAUAUUAUAUGAUAUUUUUGAAGGAUUCGAAUCUUACAGUGACUUUAUGCUAUACACAUCAACAAUAGUAAAAUAUCUAAAAGGCAUAGAAGGACCACUUGUAAAUAAUGCAGAACUAUAUGAUACAUUUCUUAAAAAUCAGAUAAGUUUCGAUGAUUACCGUGAGUUACACAAACCUAUACCACUGUUACAUGAAACAUUGUAUCCAUUAUAUUCGAUGAGAUUACAAAAACUAGGAUAUAUUCCAAUAGAAGAAAGUUUAUGGAAUGAAGGAUAUUCAAAAACGUCGGAUCAAUUAUUAAGCAAGUUGCAGCUGGCCAGCAAUUCGUCGAAAAAAUUUAUAUCAAACCAGCUGACCAAUCUGCGUUCCAAGAGUUGGUUAAAAAAAAAGACCGAAAAAGGGAUGAGUUAUUUGGGUUUUAAAAACAAUUAAAAGUCAUUGUAUUACAUUCUACAGAUAAUAAAUAUUAAUUUUAAGUAGUAAUCAUGGAAUAUUUCUCGCUCUAUUAUGGAUCGCUUGGACCAAAUAAUAAGAAUCUAGUAACCAUUAUCUAUUGUACUAUUAUAUCAUAAGCUUAGAAUAUUUUAUUAAAAUAUAAUUAAAUUAUGUGUUAUAAUCAGUAUAAUAAU